AUGGUCAGCGCAAAGGGACAAAACUGGGAGAACUACAAGAAGGACUUCGCCGACGACGAGGUUGAAGAGAAGAAGAUCACACCUUUAUCAGAUGAAGAUAUUCAAGUCCUAAAAACCUACGGCGCAGCUCCAUAUGGUGCCGCGCUGAAGAAACUCGAACAGCAGAUCAAAGAGAAGCAAACAAGUGUGAAUGAGAAGAUUGGCGUAAAGGAAUCAGAUACCGGAUUGGCGCCACCUCAUUUAUGGGAUGUAGCAGCAGAUAGACAACGGAUGUCAGAAGAGCAACCUUUACAAGUUGCAAGAUGUACGAAGAUUAUUCAAGACGAGAAGGAUACGGAAAAGAGCAAAUAUGUCAUCAAUGUUAAGCAGAUCGCGAAAUUCGUUGUGAACCUUGGCGAUCGUGUCAGUCCUACAGAUAUCGAGGAAGGAAUGAGAGUUGGUGUCGACCGCAACAAGUACCAAAUCUUAUUACCCUUACCUCCGAAAAUCGAUGCUAGUGUUACGAUGAUGACAGUUGAGGAGAAGCCUGAUGUUACAUAUGGUGAUGUUGGAGGUUGCAAGGAACAGGUCGAAAAGCUACGAGAAGUCGUCGAAAUGCCACUGUUAUCACCAGAACGAUUUGUCAACCUUGGUAUCGACCCACCCAAAGGUGCUUUACUUUAUGGUCCUCCAGGAACUGGAAAAACACUUUGCGCUAGAGCUGUCGCCAACAGAACCGAUGCUACAUUUAUUCGAGUUAUUGGUAGUGAGUUGGUGCAGAAAUAUGUCGGAGAGGGUGCUAGAAUGGUUCGUGAAUUGUUCGAAAUGGCUAGGACGAAGAAAGCUUGUAUCAUUUUCUUCGAUGAGAUUGAUGCAGUCGGAGGGGCUCGUUUCGAUGAUGGUGCCGGAGGAGACAACGAAGUACAAAGAACCAUGUUGGAAUUAAUUACCCAACUUGAUGGAUUCGACGCGAGAGGAAACAUCAAGGUCAUGUUCGCUACAAACAGACCUUCUACCCUGGAUCCCGCGUUGAUGAGACCUGGACGUAUCGACAGAAAGAUCGAAUUUUCGCUACCAGAUCUCGAGGGACGAGCAAACAUUCUUAGAAUCCACGCCAAGAGUAUGUCUGUCGAGAGAGACAUUAGAUGGGAAUUGAUUUCACGUCUCUGCCCCAAUUCUACUGGUGCUGAACUUCGAAGUGUUUGCACAGAGGCAGGAAUGUUUGCUAUUCGUGCUAGAAGAAAGGUCGCGACAGAAAAGGAUUUCUUGAGCGCAGUUGACAAGGUCAUCAAGGGUAACUUGAAGUUCAACUCCACUGCCACUUAUAUGCAAUACAACUAG